GAUGAAUCAGGAUCAGAAGAUGCAGAGGAAAAAGUUAAGGAACUUGGAGAAACUCCCGAAACAGCACUCUUUUGCAUACGGAAACGGUAUGAAUCUAUGCACUGCACAGUAGAUGGUAACAUUUACUAUUGUGCAUUUUUAGGGAUUUUCUUCCCAGUUUAGAAUGCCCAGUUAUGUUUCCUCACCACAGUGAUUCUGCCACCCAGCUCAGGAGAACUGAAGGUUCAGUGGGUGUCCUCCAAUCCCAUGACUAAGCCACUUUAUUGUUUUACACCCACGAACUUGAGAGCGUAUGUCAGUGAGCUACUGGCCUAUGGAGGACAAAGCCACCAGCCCUGGAGGUACCCACCUGAGCUCACUAGGUGCCUGGCCAGUAGGGCCCACUGUAGCAUGAUCAGGAGAAACAGUCCCUUCCGGUUUUGUCUCCCUAGCUUGUGGGAGCACCAAGGCCAAUUUGACACUCCCUCCAGAAUCCCCAGCAAAGAUCUUCGACUUUGCACAGCCAGGACGCGAACCUACGCUCCCUGACUGAACGAUUCAUCCUGCAGACCACGCGGCCAUUCCAUUACCGGAGAUGCCCAGGCAGUUUCCGAAGGUCUCGCUCAGCGAGGUGGACGAGCAGGUGCGUCUGACGGCUGAAAGGGUGUACGCCUCAGCCCUGCGAGAGGAGGACACCACGGAUGGCUUGGCUAUAUUCAACGUGGCUGAAGACUGUCCCAUUGGGCAGAUAGAGGCCAAGGAGAGGCAGCUGCAGAAGGAGCUGGCUGAGCAGCACUCAGAGGAGACAGCCAAGAGGAAGAAGAGUUUCAAGAUGAUUCGCUCCCAUUCCAUGUCUCUCCAGAUCCCAGUUAACACAGACUGGGCUAUGUCAAUCAUCUCCCCCAUCCUGUCUCCCUCUGCUUCCUCCGUGACCUCCAUGACGGACAGCGUUCCUGAGUUUCAGAGAGUCACCAUCAGUGGAGAUUACUGUGCUGGGAUCACAGUGGAGGACUACGAGGUAGCUGCCAAAAAACUUUUGAAAGCUUUAUUCCUUCGGGAGAAGUAUGCAAAACUGGCGUACCAUCGCUUUCCCAGAACUACAGCCCAGUUUCUGCGUGAUGCUGAAAAUGAGAAGUGGAAAGUCGAAGAUGAGGUGCUCCCAGAGUUUCAUCCCUGCCCAAGAGAUGGGGCGGAUCCUUACAACAUGGACGCCCCAGAGAACCUGAAUUACCAGCUGAAGAUGAGUGAUGGCAUUAUCUAUGUGUAUGACAAUGAAAAAAUGAUGAAGAGCAAUGAGCCCAGGAGCCUGCCUUACCCAGACCUGGAAACCUUUGCCAUAGACCUGAGUCACAUUCUUGCAUUGCUUGCCGAUGGGCCUACGAAAACAUACUGCCAUCGCCGGCUCAAUUUCCUGGGAUCAAAGUUCUAUUUGCAUGAAAUGCUGAACGAAAUGGCUGAGCUAAAAGAACUGAAGAGUGUUCCCCAUAGGGACUUCUACAAUGUUCGGAAGGUUGAUACCCACAUCCACGCUGCUGCAUGCAUGAAUCAGAAACACCUGCUGAAGUUUAUUCAGACCACCUACGAAGAAGAAGCGGACAGGAUUGUCCAAGAGAAGGCAGGGAAGAAAAUGACCUUGAAGCAGGUGUUUGACAGCCUUCACAUGGACCCCUACGAUUUGACAGUGGACUCGCUGGAUGUCCAUGCAGGGAGACAAACAUUUCAUCGAUUUGAUAAAUUCAAUUCCAAAUACAACCCAGUGGGUGCUAGUGAACUCAGGGACCUGUACUUAAAAACGGACAACUACAUGGAUGGGGAAUAUUUUGCACGUCUUGUCAAGGAAGUGUCUAAAGGUUUGGAGGAGAGCAAGUACCAGCAUGCAGAGCCUCGUCUAUCCAUUUAUGGAAGAUCCCCUAGUGAAUGGAAUAAUCUGGCCAAAUGGUUCAUCAAGCACAAAGUAUACUCACCAAACGUGCGCUGGAUCAUCCAAGUCCCCCGGAUCUAUGACAUUUUUAAAUCAAAGAAAAUUGUGCCAAGCUUUGCAAAAAUGCUGGAAAAUAUCUUCCUUCCUCUGUUUGAGGUCACAGUUAAUCCACAGAAAAACAAGGAGCUACAUCUUUUCAUGAAAUACGUGACCGGUUUUGACAGCGUGGAUGAUGAGUCCAAGCACAGUGACCACAUGUUCUCCUAUAAGAGCCCCAAACCAGAGGAGUGGGUCACAGACCAGAACCCACCCUACAGCUACUACCUGUUUUAUAUGUACGCGAACAUCAUGGUGCUCAACAACCUGCGCAAGGAGCGAGGACUGAGCACCUUCCUGUUCCGGCCUCACUGCGGGGAAGCUGGCUCCAUCACUCACCUUGUCUCAGCCUUCCUUACAGCGGACAACAUCUCCCAUGGACUCAACCUCAAGAAGAGUCCAGUCCUCCAGUACCUGUACUAUCUUGCUCAAAUUCCCAUCGCCAUGUCACCGCUGAGCAACAACAGCCUCUUUCUGGAGUAUUCCAAGAACCCGCUGCGUGAAUUCUUACACAAAGGACUGUGCGUUUCCCUUUCCACCGACGACCCCAUGCAGUUCCAUUACACCAAGGAAGCACUGAUGGAAGAAUACGCUAUUGCAGCUCAGCUGUGGAAGCUCAGUACCUGUGAUGUUUGUGAAAUUGCAAGAAACAGUGUUGUGCAGAGUGGACUGGCUCACCAGGAAAAGCAACAUUUCUUAGGACCUAACUACUUGAAGGACGGCCCUGAAGGGAAUGACAUUCGAAGGACAAAUGUUGCCCAGAUCCGCAUGGCCUACCGAUAUGAAACCUUGUGCAAUGAGCUGAGUUUCUUGGUGGAUGUUACGAAAUCAGAAGUCAUUGAUAAAGAAGUCGAGUAACUGCUCAACACAAAUGACAGGAGCUUCAAAAAUAAUAAUGUUGAUUUAAGCAAACUAUAAUAUGCUAAUAGGAUCAAGUUAAACUUAUUAACAAAUUUGAUAGAAUAUCAAAUAGGUUUCAGUUACACCGUGUAAUAAUUUUUUUUUAUUUUUUUAUUCCUGGGUAGUAAGUGUUAUUUCCUAAUUGCUUAUGCCUCAAAAG